AUGUUUGAGGCGCGAUGCGCGCGCGCGGCCUGGUGCCUCGUAUCCGCUCCGCGUCGCCCCCCGCGCUCCUUGGUCCGCUGGCGUAUGCCCACCGGUUGUAGAAUUCCGCGAAGGUCCACCAGGGCUUCCGACAGCGAGAGACCCGACGGCUUCGUCGGGCUGACCUCUGGCCGCCCGGGGAAACCCUCGUCCGGCUCGCACGGUCGGGUGGUGCAGCGCCAAGGAAACCAGUGGCGUCCCAUCGCGCCCCCGGCUAAACCGCCUCCCGGAAAACCCGCGAGCAACACCAAAUUCGACCAUACCUACGACGAGGGCGACGCGUUCGACAACGUCUCGGCGUACGCGCUGGACGUGGACAACGAGUCGCAGGUCAUGCCCGGCGGGGGUGUCGCCCUGACGGACGAGCAGAUGGCGAAGCUGGACAAGUUCUGGAGCGCGAACGGGGUGAAGAGCGCGACGCAGAGAAAGAAUCUCGUCAAGACGGCGUUCACCAGGGGGCUCUACCGCGACCCCGAGCGCCUCAUUGAGCGGAUCGUCGAGCUCGAGGACUCGCUGUGGAGGGGGGUGAACAUCCAGGACAUCGACAUGGGCGUCCUCGUGGGCCGGUUCCCCAGGGUGCUGUACUUCGAACCCGACUUUCUGGUGGAGAAGCUGCGGCUGAUGCGGGAUCUGCUCCCUGGGGUGAACCUUCGACGGGUCAUCGAGAGGAACCCGCAGAUACUGUCCAUGGACGCGACGUGCACGCUCCCCGCGAAGAUGCGCGAGCUCUCCGUCCUUCUCCCCCACACCGACGUCAUCCGGCUCAUCGAGCUGCAUCCGAAGGUGCUGUCCAUCAACGUCGGCGGGAAGGUGGCGGAGAACUUGGCCAACCUCAAGGCGCUGAUGAAGACGGCUGGCGUGGUCGAGACGGCGGUGGAGCUGAUGGUGGCGUACUCGCCGAGGCUGCUGACUUCGGACGUCACCGGGACGAUUCGAAGGCGUCUGGAACAGAUCGAGAAGGUAUCGCCCGGGACGUUCAGGAGGUACUCGGAUAAACCCGCCACGCUGGCCAGGCUGCUGUGCGCGUCGGAGCGAACCAUCGAUCGCAUAGCCUACCUCAGGCAGAUGCGCUCCGAGGAUGUCGUCGCUGAGGGUGUGGUGAGCUCGGAGGUGAGGACCGGGACGGUGGGGUCGCCUUCGUCCGUGGUCGAUUUCGAGGUUGUGUCCGGCGGGAGUUUCGGCGGAGGUUUCGGCGGCAACGGGGGAUCGGGGAGCACGAAGCUCGGGGAGAGGAAGAUAAACUCGGAGAUUCGCGCGGUGACCCUCUCCGCCGCGGAGUUCUCGGAGAGAUUCCCGGACUUUCCAGAGUGGCAGAAGGCGUACGAAAAGACCCGAAAGGCGGAGAGCGCCGAGGCGAUGCGAAACGGCUCGGACGCAGCCGCGAAGCGCGCGGUGGAGGAGGCGGCUCGAUACAUCCGCGCAGCCUUCACCCCUUAGGAGAUUCGGCCAACGAGGCAAAAAACAUGCUCCACCUUU